AUCCUGCUGACCACGGCGGGGAACUUCCUCCUCAUCCUCCUCAUCAUCACUCAGCGCUCCCUCCGCAACACCUCCAACUACUUCCUGGUGUCCCUGUUCAUGUCGGACCUGAUGGUGGGGCUGGUGGUGAUGCCCCCAGCCAUGCUCAACCAGCUCUACGGGCGCUGGGUGCUGCGGGGGGACUUCUGCUCCCUCUGGGCCUCCUUCGAUGUCAUGUGCUGCAGUGCCUCUAUCCUCAACCUCUGCAUCAUCAGCCUGGACCGGUACCUGCUCAUCAUCUCCCCGCUCAAGUACAAGCUGCGUAUGACCUCCUGCAGGGCCCUCUGGCUCAUCCUGGCUACCUGGACCGUGGCUGCGCUGGCCUCCUUCCUGCCCAUCAAGAUGGGAUGGCACAAGCUGGAGUUUGAGGAGCUCUCCCUGAACGUCACCUUGCGGGGGGAUGAUGAGCAG